CCUCAGCUGCCGUCCCCGUCGCCAUCCCCGCCACCCAGCGCGUCCCCGUCGCCGCGCUCACGCUUUCCCGCGACCCCUGAGCUCCUGCUCGCUCGCUUGCCUGUCCCUUGCCUCUGUCGCCGCCACCUCGGGGCCAUGGCGACCUGCUUUCUGCUGCGGAGUUUCUGGACCGCUCGUCCGGCGCUGCCGCCUUCCGGCCGCUGCCGCCGCCCAGCGCCCGCGGGAACCCAGCGUCGCAGCUACGCCCGCGGCCCCGCUGGCCUCCCCGCCGACCUACUCCGUGGGGACAGCUUCGUGGGAGGCCGCUGGAUCCCGGCCCCCGCCACCUUCCCGGUACACGACCCAGCCAACGGCGCCACGCUGGGCACCGUGGCCGACUGCGGGGCGCCCGAGGCCCGCGCAGCCGUGCGCGCCGCCUACGAUGCCUUCUGCUGCUGGAAAGGGGUCUCUGUCAAGGAGAGGAGUUUGCUACUUCGUAAAUGGUACGACUUAAUGAUGCAAAAUAAGGACGACCUUGCCAAGAUCAUAACAGCCGAGAGUGGAAAGCCGCUGAAAGAGGCCCAGGGAGAAAUUCUGUAUUCUGCCAGUUUCCUGGAAUGGUUCUCAGAGGAAGCCCGUCGUGUUUAUGGGGACAUCAUCUACACCUCUGCCAAGGAUAAACGGGCGCUGGUCCUCAAGCAGCCCAUUGGUGUGGCCGCAAUCAUCACUCCGUGGAAUUUUCCUAGUGCCAUGAUCACCCGGAAAGUGGGGGCUGCCCUGGCAGCUGGCUGCACUGUGGUGGUGAAACCUGCCGAAGACACACCCUACUCUGCCCUGGCCUUGGCGCAGCUUGCAAACCAGGCAGGAAUUCCUCCAGGGGUCUAUAAUGUCCUUCCCUGCUCUAGAACCAAGGCUAAGGAAGUGGGAGAGGCGCUAUGUACCGAUCCGCUAGUGUCCAAAAUUUCCUUUACUGGUUCAACAGCAACAGGAAAGGUCCUGCUGCACCAUGCAGCAAAUUCUGUGAAACGUGUCUCCAUGGAGCUGGGCGGCCUCGCCCCAUUCAUUGUCUUCGACAGUGCCAACGUGGACCAGGCUGUUGCAGGAGCCAUGGCAUCUAAGUUUAGGAAUGCUGGGCAGACUUGUGUUUGCGCAAACAGAUUCUUGGUACAACGGGGCAUCUACGAUUCCUUUGUGAAGAAGUUUGCAGAAGCAAUGCAGGAAAGCCUGCGUGUGGGUAACGGAUUCGAGGAAGGAAUAACUCAGGGCCCAUUAAUUAAUGAGAAAGCAGUAGAAAAGGUAGAGAAGCAUGUGAAAGACGCGGUUGGCAAAGGGGCCACCGUCGUGACAGGCGGGAAGCGACACCAAAGCGGGGGAAAUUUCUUCGAGCCCACCUUGCUCAGCAAUGUCACCAGGGACAUGCUCUGCAUCACUGAAGAGACCUUUGGGCCGCUGGCGCCAGUUCUCAAGUUUGACAAAGAAGAAGAGGCCGUUGCCAUCGCAAAUGCAGCUGAUGUUGGAUUAGCAGGGUACUUUUACUCCCAAGACCCAGCCCAGAUCUGGAGAGUGGCGGAGCAGCUGGAGGUGGGCAUGGUCGGUGUGAAUGACGGACUGAUCUCUUCAGUGGAGUGUCCUUUCGGUGGGGUGAAGCAGUCUGGCCUUGGGCGAGAAGGGUCCAAGUACGGCAUUGACGAGUAUCUAGAGGUCAAGUAUGUGUGCUAUGGAGGCUUGUAGGCUCUUCGCUUCUCCAAAAAUAAUAAAACCACCUAGAUCUGUAGGGACCUGCCAUCCGCUUUUUAAAAUAAACAAGUAGGUUAUCAGAGUUACGAAUUUUAAAAAAAUUCAGCCAGUCCUCAUCAUCUUAGAUGUAAAUUCUCAUCCUGCCCGUAUAUAACUAGGGACCAAUGGAUGCCAUAUACCUGUGCCCACAGCACAACCCCACUGCCUCGGGACAAGGUACAGUGUGAGUGCUCACGUGUCCCUGCCCCUCACAAAGUGUAGUCACUGUGUGGGCAGUGGCUCCACCGUCCCCAGGCGACUGCCCAGUUUGGGCCCAGAAGGCUGGGAAGGAAAUGCUGGGGUGAUAGACAUUUGGACGGUGGGUGGCUCACAUCCGGGCCUGGGCAUCUGUCAGCUUGGUAAUGAACAGCUGCCUGUUCAGAGGGGUGUGACAAAGACUUUGAUUUCCUAAGACUUCUUUCUAAAUGGCACAGGAUUGUCUGUACUAUAUGGAAUGAGGGGGUGUUUCUCUUUGUUUCUGGGAAGCUUUUCUUUCUUUUUUUUUUUUCUUUUUUCUUUUGUGAGAUAGGGUUUCUCUGUGUAGCCCUGGCUAUCCUGGAACUUGCUCUAUAGACCAAGCUGGCCCUGAACUCAGAGAUCCACCUGCCUCUGCUUCCUGAGUGCUGAGAUUUAAGGCAUUAACCACCACCACCCAGCUCUGGGCUGUUUUAUUUUUGUUUUUGUUUUUAGUUGCUGUGAGCAGGAUUUGUUUGGUUUUGUUCCGUUUUGGUUCAUUUUCAUUUGGUUUGGUUUGAUGAGACAGGGUCUUGCUAAGUAGCCUAGGCUGGCUUCACACAAUUCUCCUGUUUCAGCCUCCCAAGUGCUGGGGUUACAGGCUUGCUCUACCACCCCUGGGUAAAUGGAAGUCUCCAUUGCCCUAAACUUACAGCUUAUGCUUCAUUUUAUUUCUCUUAGAAAAUCAAACCGAGCUCGGGGCAAAAAAAAAAAAAAAAGAAAAAAAAUCAUCAGAGGUGGUUUGGUAGGAUGAAAAGCAUGGCUUUUGUUUCUUUUCCAGUGCUGGGUGUUGAAUCAAUGACCUCAUGCAUGCCAGCACUGAACUGCUGUCCCCAGUGGGGUUUUUUAUUUGUUUUUGUUUUCAUUUUAAUAUUCGAGACAGGGUCUUGGUUUGUUAUCCAGGCUGGCCUUGAGCUUUUUAUUGAACUGCCUCAGUUUCCUGACAGGCCUGCACUGUGCAGUUCUGCUGCCUGGGCGUGCUGUGUAGAACCCCAUGUUCGGCUUGAAGGGCGCUGUGAGCCUGAACAUGCAGUUUAAGCACAGGAACCCUUUGGAUUAUGAGCAGCACCGCCCACCUUGAGCUCGGGUGGUGGCUUUGUGGAGGGAGAAAACCAGUUGCCCACCUGAUGACCUGCCCACAUCUGAGCCAGGUUUUCUGUGCCUGGGUACAGUUGCUGCUAAACUUCCAGAAGAGCAAAGCACUUUCAUCACUGUGAAAAAUGAUGCCCACAAUUGCCAGUCUCCUGUGGAAGAGAGCUGAAGCCAUGAAUCUCAGGCACCUUUGCCCUAGUAAAAGCAUUUAUGGUUCAUGAUUCAAAAACAACACACACACAGGGACCUGCAAGAUAGCUUAGUGGGUAAAGGCUUUGCUAGACAAGCCUGGUGACCUACCUGAGUUCCACCUCUGAAGCCUGGGUAAAGAUGGGAAGAGAGAACCAACUGCACACAGUUGUCCUCUGACCUCAACAAGUACAUCAGAGGCAUGCACACACACAAAUUAAGCACACACACACACACACAUCAAACACACACCAAAACUCCCUGUAACUGGGGUUGGUCUCUCUUUGAAAUGAUUUAAACAAGAAAAAGUCUAGGUUCUUGUAGACAUCCAUCUAAAACCUGUUUAUUCCCAGUAUUGGAGCUCCCUGCUCCUUGCCCCUCCCUGUGUAGAGAGCCCACUCACACUCUGUGGAUGCUCUGAGAUGCUAAUGUGGAUAAUAGCCGAGCUAGCUGGAGUGACUCCUAAACACUACCAAGUCCCAAGCGCCACUGGGAGCUUCCCCGUGCACAAGAAGUAGAAAUCUGCCUCUUAGGAGCCCCACACAAGUGGCGAGUCACACAGCUCAGCAUGUUGUCUGUCUGUCCUCCUCUUGUGUAGAGUGUAGUUGGUUUCUAUCGCAUCUCCUAACUAAACAUUUUUAAUGGAUGUGGGUGUUUUGCCUGCAUUGGACGUCUGUGCACAUGUGUGCUGGUGCCCUCAGAGGUCAGAUCACCUAGAACUGGAGUUACAGAUGGGUGUAAGCCAUCAUGUGGGUGCCGGGAAGUGAACCCCGGCCCUCUGAAAGAGCAGUCCUAACAUUUCUAAUUUCUUAAGGUUCGUGUCCACUGUUUUUCAGUUAAUCCAAAUGCUCGGCUGCUAUUUUGUAGACGAUGGGCCCACAUGCUGAGCUAGGAAUAGGGAGUAACUUCAAACACACUGUAAACAGUGUCAGCCUGUAGAUUCUUGGACUAUCUGGCAAAUUUUUAUGUUUUUGUGCAUAUAUGACUCACGGGGUAUAUCACUGGCACACACAUUUGUUACAACAAAUGUAAUCAAUAUUGGGAACGGGGACUGGUGGUAAAGCCUGUACUUACUUAGCAUGCUGGAGGCUAUGGAACUAAUCAUCACCACUGAAAAUAAGUGAAUGAAAGAAGAUCUUAGAAAAAUGGUUUGGGGUUGUGGGAAGACAAUAUUUUGGGGAUAUAUAUAUAUAUAUAUAUAUAUAUAUAUAUUAAAACAGGAGCUCUUGCCGGGCGGUGGUGGCGCACGCCUUUAAUCCCAGCACUCGGGAGGCAGAGGCAGGUGGAUCUCUGGGAGUUCGAGACCAGCCUGGUCUACAAGAGCUAGUUCCAGGACAGGCUCCAAAACCACAGAGAAACCCUGCCUCGAAAAACCAAAAAAAAAAAAAAAAAAAAAAAAAACAGGAGUUCUUGUUGGCUCCUGGGCUCAAAUGACCCUCCUGCCUUAGUUUCUCAAAUAGCUGCAACUAUAGGCAUGUCACCAAAUCAGUCAGCUUUUGGUUUUGUUUUUUAAUUUUUAGUGAUUUCCAUUGAGUUUGGAUUCAUGCAGUGCAAGCUCUCCUUGAAACACUUGCCCCUACUUCUUGUGCUGGAAUUAUACACACACAUAUAUACUAGCCAGCUAAGAAGUGUUUCUGAAUGAACCUUUGUCAUUGUUCACUAAGUUAUGUGAUAGGUGCAAUUUUGAAGAUGUAUCUACAGGCAUGUAAGGACAAGUGUUGAUGAAGCAAAACCUGUGAGCCAAAUCCUACCGCCACCUGCUUUUGUGUAACCCGUGAGUUUAAAGUAUUUGAUAUAUCCAGAUGGAUUGGGGUGGGUGAGAGCUAGUUCAUGGAAUUCCAGUGUCUGUGGAUGAACACAGCCACAGUGCCCUGUCCUGAGCAGCUUUGCUAAGACAGUAUCCUGCGGAACCGGAAGGAUUUACUGCAAAGCUGCGAAAACGUUUACAACCCUCAUCUCUCUCUACCAAGAGGGAGACACUGGCUUCUGGGUUUGUGAGACAUUAUUUCAUUCUGUUGAACGCCUCCUGUGAAGAAGGCACAUUUCCUGGGCAUCUGUUACCAGUUCUUGGCAGUAAUCAUCAAAUAUCUCAAAGGACAUUCGCCUGAUAAUCCUGUCCCCUUGAAAAGCACUUACUUCCUCCGGCUUCUGGGGCCUGCUGAAAGUGCCAAAGUCCACCCGUGUCUUUGUCCAUUCGAGGGGCUUUUAAACACAACCCCAUAGAAAGCGCUUGUUUCUCUUCUGUAUCUUUGUUCUUUGGGACUCGGAGAAAAUAAAGAUCAGACGCACAAUGUAAACAAGCCUAUUUGGUGAUGUCAUAACCUUCAAAUUGGGUCCCUUGAGCUUGCCUCUCUGGAGGCUGGGUCCCAGUGUUUUAAUUACCCAUAUGCAGUUAUUUAAAAACAGAAUUUUACUUGAAUGAUACUUAAUACUGUGAUUGUUUUAUGCCAUACUUUGUGAGAAAAAUCUUGGGAACUGAUGAGAAAUAUUUUGCUCUGUAAACAUGUAUACAAUGACUCAUUUUUCUAGUGUUUGACAUUGGUCAACAGAGUUGAAUCUCAAUAAAUGUUGAACUAACAGGACUUUUA